AGUCGCAGUUGACGAUCGACGACGGCCGCCCGAGGAGCAGCAGCCUGUUGGGCCCUGCUUUGCCGCUAAGAGUCGCGCAGCCUCUUAGCAAGCUAGCUCAGUCAGCGCCGGCCGAGAACUACACGCCAACCACCCCAAAACUACCCCUGCAAAUACACACGUCGCCAUGGCUUCGCUAAUGCUGUCGCCGAAGGUGCUGCUGCUGCGCACGCUGGUCCUCGUCACUGCUGCCCACGCCCUCUUCGUACCAUACCUCGACAUCAAGAAUGAAAAGCAAGCUGUGAUUCCUGGCAGUGUGCCUUUCCCGUGCGCCAAAGGUGCAGGCGAGCGUUCGAAGGAGCGGCCAAGCUCAGUCCACCAGCUGCGGCCAGGAGACAUCGACGUGGUGGCCACCAUCGGGGACAGCCUCUCGGCGGCCACUGGAGCCGUCGCCAGGACCUUCUAUGAUGUGCUCACCAUAGACAACAGAGGCAUGUCUUGGAACGGAGGUGGUCAGGGCAACUGGCGGCAGUACCUGACGCUGCCCAACAUCCUGAAGGAGUACAACUCGAACCUGACGGGCUACUCGCUCGGCGACGGCCUCUCGCAGACGCCGAACGCGCGCUUCAACGUGGCUGUGAACGGCGCCAUGGACCAGGACCUGCCCUUCGAGGCCGUCGAGCUGGUCCGGCGGAUGCGAGCGGACCGAAAGAUCGACUUCCAAAACAGCUGGAAGCUAAUCACUGUGUGGAUCGGCACGAACGAUCUUUGCAGCGACUACUGCUACAACCCAAGCCAAGGCGCCGACACGCACAUGAAAAAUCUGCAGAAGACGCUCGACUAUCUGUAUGAACACGUGCCAAAGGCGUUUGUCAACCUCGUCUCUGCUCCUUACAUCCCAAGCUACGCCAAGAUGCGCGACUUGCCGAACCUGUGUCUCUCCAUUCUGCCGAUUGUGUGUUCUUGUCUCUUCGGCGGCAACGAAGCCGAAAAGCUCCGAAAUGUUACGCUGAUGACGAGACAGUUUCAAAGAGUCGAACAAAUGCUGGUGGAGAGUAAAAGGUACGACGGGCGAGAUGACUUUGCGCUCGAAUUCCAGCCAACUUAUCAAGACAUCCUUUUCCCGUCCGUGAGGCUAAACAACGGCUUGUUGACCACGGAUUACUCCUACCUCGCCGUCGACUGUUUCCACUUCUCGCAAAAGCUUCAUGCCGUCGCGGCCAACACCCUUUGGAACAACCUUUUCGAGCCGCCGUGGGCGAAAAGCACGACGUGGAAGCCGCUGUUCAAGAAGUUCUUGUGUCCGUCCUCAGAAAAACCUUACUUGGUCACGAGGCAAAACUCGAAAUCUUGGAAACCGAAAAAAAUGACCAGACGCCUGGGCAGAUGACCAAAGUUUGGCGAUAGUUUUUGAGAUGUACAACUGAUUUUUAUUUAAUGAGGAAUGGGUGCUCAGGGAAUGACCUUUCUACUAUUGCCAUUUUCUUGUACAUGUUGAACCGCAUCUCUUGCCAUUUUGUCGAUUGACCCGACGCAAUAAAGGUCGCUGCUCACCUGCGUGUGUAGAGAGAGGCUCGGCGCCCUCCUUUCCAGGUGCUCUCAUCCCUGACGCGAGAGCAGGUCUCUCCAGUCUUAAGAUAAGCGUGCGCCGAGGAACAAUGGGCACGAACGCCUCUCCAAACUCCGUGUUUAACCUAUUUAUUGAGUGUCUAUGUUGUUUAUUAUUUUGUGAUAUAAAAUAUUGUAGUAAAUACUCGAUUAUCAAGGGUUGAAUAAAAAAAUACAAAUAUAUUUAUCA